AGUCUUAUAUCGCUUUGGGAAUGUCUCGAAAUACUUGGAUCGUAUCAAUCUGCCUAACAGCAGUAAACACAGUCGAACAGAUGGUAGCGCGAUAACCAAAGUUCAGUACAGAGUUUAGAUGAUUUGCGCGUAGAAUCGGAUCAUUGAUGUGUAAAAUAGUGGAGGGAGAGAUCCAUCCUCAGUGGAAGAGAGAUAGAGCUGCUGGAGAGAGACAGAACUCGAAGAGUCUAAUUGUGCGCAAAUGACGGAAUAAAGAAAUCGGAUGCUAUCAAACCGUUAUCAACCUGUGCGCGCACUCGCUCAGCGCGCCUUUAUCGUUUGAGAGGUUAACUACGACGCAUGUAUGCUGCUACACUCAACACUAGAACUUCUAAACUUCAAAAUGGGAGAUAAUUCGCAGUCUGAAGCUUUUGAGGCUCGGAUACGAGUCAGCGGUGGAGGCAACAACGGUAGCACAGGUUCCGAUGGUGAUAGCAAACUAGAACCCUCUAGUCCUGUAGAUAGACACACUUUUUCAAGAUGCAGCAGUACUGGCUCUGUAAAUACUCCGUCUUCUUCUGCUCAUAAUACCGAGGAUGAAGACAGUGACAAUAAAAGUUCUACGAUAAGUUAUAAGGAGCGCCGCAGAGAAGCCCAUACUCAAGCAGAGCAGAAGCGUAGAGAUGCCAUAAAGAGAGGAUAUGACACGCUUCAAGAUCUCGUACCUUCGUGCCAACAAACCGAUGCUUCCGGUUACAAAUUGUCAAAGGCCACUGUUUUGCAAAAAUCAAUUGACUACAUUCAGUUCUUGCUGCAGCAAAAGAAAAAACAGGAAGAAGAAAGAAAUGCGCUUAGAAAAGAAGUCGUUGCUUUGCGCAUCAUGAAAACCAACUAUGAGCAAAUAGUUAAAGCUCAUCAGACGCAGCCCGGUCACUCGGAAACUCGCGUUUCGGACGAAACUAAAUUCCAAGUGUUUCAGGCAAUUAUGGAUCGCUUGUUCCAAACCUUUGACAGUGUGUCUGUUACAAAUUUUGCUGAAUUGUCAGCUUGUGUGUUUAGCUGGCUGGAAGAACACUGUAAACCACAGACGCUGCGCGAAGUGGUUCUCUCCGUUUUACAACAACUCAGCAAUCAAAUCAGCUAGUAUACAAUACGUUUUUUAAGUUUAUAAGAAUUUAUUUUUUACUUCAAAGUCAGAUUUCUUUUGGGAAUCAGUUAUAAGAGUACAAAUUUAAUGGGAGUUGCGUUAUUAAUUUUUGUUGUUUCUAGUUUAUGUAUAAUUUGACCAGGCAACUUAGCAGAUAAUAGCGCGAGUUACGGUUGCAGGAAUAUUCCAAGCAGAUUCGAUACAAUCAAUUUAUCUUUUAUAUUUUAUAGUUGACGAAUAAAAUUGUGUAUAAUAUUUUUGCAUGAUGCCAUGAAUGUAAACUAUUACUUUAUAAUUAUGCUACGUUGAUUUACAUCCAUUUUAGGUAUGUAGAUAUGGAAACUAUAAAUGUUUACAAAUAUUUACAAAACUUUAAUAAAGUUGAAGAAAAUUCCAUAUAACAGUGAUAAUUAGUUCUUCGAUAUUAGCUGUAUACAAAAUCGCGUUCUUCUGCUCUUCCCCUUUAAUAAUUUUUCAAAUUCGUUCAAAUAUCAAUGCAUCUACUCCAACAAAUACUACUUUAUAAACCUCAACUCAAAUGAAAUCCAAGAAUAUGAGUGUCCAACAUUUAAAUCGUGCAAAAACCGCCAAACCCGUAACUCUACGAAAACGCCACCUUUCCUCCAGCAUAACCGGCCGUAUAUAAUAAUCCAGUGCGCUAUCAUCUCACAUAAGUAUCGCGCACAGCAUUACAUACACUUUAUCGCCAGCAACAGAGCGAUCGAAGCGCACCAUCGCCAGCGCCAAUUCAUAUUACAUCGUCAUCAUCAUGACGCCGGGUCUUUUAGCUGGAAAACUCGCUAUCGUAACGGGCGCGGGCAGUGGCAUCGGCAGGGCAGUCUGCAGACUGUUCGCGCGCGAAGGUGCCAAGGUCAUAGCCGCUGAUCAAAAUGUCAAGGCCGCCGAGGAAACAGCCGACACACUCGAAGGAUCGGAACACGUGCCGGUGGAAAUCGACGUGAAGAGCCCGGAGAGCAUCGAGAAUGCCUUCACCCACGCGAAAAAGCACUUCUUGGUACCGCCGACCAUCGUCGUCAACUCGGCUGGUAUCACCAGAGACAACUUUUUGCUGAAGCUCAGCGAGGAGGACUUCGAUGCUGUACUCAAUGUCAAUCUCAAAGGGACGUUCCUCAUAACGCAGUAUGCUGCCAAGGUAAUGAUAAACUCCGGAAUAUCGGAGGGCGGCUCGGUGAUCAACGUAGCUUCGAUCAUUGGAAAAACUGGAAACAUCGGCCAGAGUAACUAUGCGGCGUCCAAGGCUGGUGUCGAGGCUUUCACGAAAACUGCGGCGAUGGAGUUUGGACAGUUUGGCAUUCGAGUGAACGCUGUGCUACCUGGCUUCAUAGAAACACCAAUGACUGACAUGGUUCCUGACAAAGUGAAGCAAAUGUUUGUUGAGAGGAUCCCAUUGAGACGUAUGGGAAAACCAAUCGAAGUGGCAGAAUUGAUUCUGUUUUUGGCCUCGGUAAAGAGCUCCUACAUCAAUGGGGCUUCCAUCGAUGUCACUGGUGGUUUGCACUAAGCGAAUACUUUUUUCAUUUUUGUACUUACGAACUUUUAAUAAACAAAUUUCUUACGUUACUUAA